GAUAAAUGUUUCACUUCCACGAAAUUCAAUCAGGACUAAUUACUGACACUUAUCACUCAUGUCUACUAAUUGGAAAUCAAUUAUCAAAUUUCAAUUCAAAUUGGAAAAUUUGUUCAGAAAAAGGAUCAACGGAAAUGACGAUCAAAGGAAGGAAAAAGUUAAUCAACCGCUUACAACAAUUACAAAAACAAUCAUCAAAUCAUUUUAAAUGUUAGCUAUUGAAAUCUCCGAGUGUUAUGAUUAAAAUUUUGAGCUUCGAGCUGAAGUUGAAUAAUUUAGAAAACUCUUGAACUUUAUAAUCAAUGUAAUUGGGAAGCUGAAUUUUAUUGAUUGUAAUUAACCAUGCGUAUUGUUCAGAGAUAAUUAAUUUAUGGUUUUACAAUUGAAAUAAUUUUCUUCAGGUUUCUACAAUUUGAUCAUGUAACACACGAAACAAUAUUAGAAAUUGAUAAACUUUAUUGUACAAUGGAAAAGAUAAUCGAAACUUGGAUAAGUGAAAAUAGAAAGAAAAUUAAAAGACUUCAAAUUGGAACUAAAACUAUCUACAAACCGACCGAUGGAAAAGAGAAUUUGUCCUAUUUCGAAGAUCAAAUUAAACGAUUUCACGUUUUAAAUCAAGGAUUCGAUUUGAAACUUCGGUCCAUUCGAGAAAUUAUCAUCUACGAAACUUUUAUAUUCCUAUUCAAUUUAAUUGGCGUAAUUCGUUCAGUUAUAAUAAUUAUAUCCAACGAAGAUCUACCUUACAACGAUCAAAUAAUCACUUAUUUAGGCGAUGGUCUCGCAGGUCAUAAAAGUCGAAAAGUUGUUAUAAUAAUUUUACUUCUUGCUCAAAGUUUUCUUAUGGGAAUCAAAACUACUGCUGUUUGGUUCGAGUUGAAUUAUGAAAUUAAGUUAUUAAGAAAAUUGGCUGUUAUCAAAAACUUUGGAUUCGAUCAAGUUUCACUUAAAUUGCGAUUUAAUGAUUGUCAAAAAUUCCAAAGAUUCUCAAUCAUUAUCAUGAAAAGCGUGAAUAUCAUCACGGCCAUUUCUUGGUUCGUUAUUUGUUUCGCUUAUUUCCUCCUGAUCCAAUCAACUUGGAAUUUUACAAGCGGAUUGAUGACAAAAUUGCUCGUAAUUAUUUGGUUAUUUUACUUUCUAAUUGCCGUUUACUGGUGCGCCAUAAUUAUAUUUAUAUUCGUGUGUAUGUUACUGAUUUUCUUUGCGUACAUCAAAUAUCUUCAAGACUCGACUAACUCCCGUACCUACCGAUCGGCUUCAAUGACUGAAUGUUCAGUAAACUCUCUGCACGAUUUAGUAACUGACCACAACGAUACUUACAAUAUGUUAGAUCUUUGUCAGAUGUUCUCUCGUCCAAUUCUGUUCUUUAUUUUCGUCCCCGUGACGCUCAUCGCUGAUGUGCUCUUUUUCUUUGGUUUCAUCCACGGAGUCGAAGAAGGUUUCGUUAACAUGGCGAGCACGAUAAUCGCAAGUAUCAUAAUCACUAUUUUCGCAAUCGCCACUUAUCUGGUUGGUAGUAUUAAUAGUAAGGCCAUUAAAGCGAGUAAAUCAAUUCAUAAGCUGAUCAUAAAUACGCCAUUUGAUAUUCAAGUGAAACUAAAGGAUAAUGGAAACUCCAGUUGGGAUGCAAACUUUAGACUCAGUUGUGCUAAAGGAAAGAGUAAUAAUUGUAAGUAUAAAUCAAUAAUCACCUUUAAUCAUCAUCUCAAUUUCUUAAUCAUCAGUAUCUAUUGGAACAUGCAUCAAAUAUUAUGUUGUUUACGUGUAACUUUGGUACAGUUCGAUAAAAUUAACUAAUUGCGAAAAGAUGAAAACACAAAGAAGAAAAUCAAAUAAUUAGAAGAACAAUCAACUUUGAAAAUCGAUUCAUUCUAAUCAAUUUAAUCUCAAUGUAAAUGAAAAACUUACCUAAUAAAUGGAAACAAUCAAAAUGAUCGUAAAGAACAAUUUAAACUUUUUUGAAAAGAGGAAGAGAAGAUGAAGAUAAUUAGAGAAGGUGGAAGAGGAGGAAGAAGAAGAAGAAGAAGAAGAUGAUGAUGAUUAUAAUCUCAGCAAAAAGUGAUAGAAAUAAUUUAUAUUAAGGACAAACCAAUAAUCUAGAUUGAGUUCGAAGACAAAAACUGGAUUGUAAUCAAGUCUAUUGGUUGAUCUCAUUUUCACCAUCAUUCGUUUUGAUUCAUCUUCUCAUCAUUUUAUCAUCUUUACAGGUAAGAGUUACGAUAAGUAGAGAAGAAAAAGAAGAUUAUUCAAAUUGUAAUUUAACCUAAAUUCUCAAACAAUUGUUCCUCUCAAUUAA